UUCAUCCGUGUUUAUUUUAAAUUAAACAAGUGUCAUCAAUUCAAUUCACAAGAACCGGCGUACAGACUCCGGUACAGAGCGCUGAAUCCCCGCCUACCGCUCUACCGAAGCUCCGCCCAACCAUUCUCCUCAAUCUCGCUCAGAAACACCUCAACCAACCACUCAAACAGGUACAGGUGUGCUGAGCGUUCUGGCUGGAGUCACGCAGGUGAACCGUUGUUUCCGGGAGCACAGCUGCCAUGGCUGAGUCUCAGCUAGUAUGCAUGGACGAUGAAUAUGUUAACGUGAAAAUACCGGAGUCCAAGCCGGAGUUUUACUACAGCGAGGAGCAGCGGGCCGCGCUCGAGCAGCUCUUGAAGAACGGGGAUGGCGCGUUCAAGAUGCGCCUCAAAGAGGAUAACAUUAAAGACUUUCUCUCCGCAAGGGAAAUCAAAUGGAUGCGGGACACCUUCCAGGAAUAUGACAGUGACUCGGACACCUGCUGCUCACGGUCGCCCCAUGAUACGAGUGAAGACUCAGGUGUCCACUCAACCUACUGGCCGACCAUGUCUGACACGGAGAUCCCUCCGCUAGACAUCGGUUGGCCUAGCAACGGCCAUUACAAAGGGGUAACUCGGGUGUCGGUUUACACCCACCCAUCCAAAACCAACAGUCCGCAUAUUAAAGAGGUGGUCCGCAGACUCAUUCAAGAAUCCACAAAGUUGGUUGCAGUGGUCAUGGACUUGUUGACGGACCUGCUGAUCCUGCAGGAUCUGUUAGAUGCUGCGAGUAAGAGGGGGGUGGCUGUGUACUUGCUGCUGGAGGAGAACGGCUUGCCGCACUUCCUGGACAUGAGCAGCAGACUGCAGAUUUCUGCACAGCACCUGAGGAACCUGCGUGUGCGAACCGUGAGGGGCUCUGGCAUGCCACUGUCCUUUGGUCAUCUGCCAGGAUCACUGUGUUCAAAGUACAUGCUGGUAGAUGGCGAGAAAGUGAUGUUUGGAUCAUACAGUUUUACAUGGAGUUCCUCUAGGAUGAGCCGCAACACAAUCACUGUGAUGUCAGGACAAGUUGUUGACUUCUUCGACAAUGACUUCAGAGAGCUGUAUGCUGUGUCUGAUAAGGUGGACCUGUACCGGGAGUUUCACAUCAGUAAGCCGGCCCUGCCAGUUCCUGUGUUGAAAACGCCAGCGGAACCCAACAAACUCACAGUUCCUGUAUCCACGUCACGCUUCCAGAUCUCUGUAGGGGACUCCAGACAGGCUGACCUAAAGGUGCCUGCACAUAAAUACCAUAAUCCUAAGUACUCUUUAGUCGUUGGAAACAGUCUAGGUGUGACUGGCUCCCUGCAGGAUCUUUCUAAGCUGAGAGACUAUGUUGACCAUGCCUCUGUGAAUAACAUGGAAAAAUUAAUCUACACCAAUGGGGAUAGUGUACGUCCACAGUCCCCUACAUCUCCAGAUGGGACAGAGGAUAAUAAGGGCGAUGGGAAGAAGCUGUCACAGUUUGGUUCUAAAAAGCAGCGCUCUUCCUUCCGGCAUUUCUUGAAAGGCAGAGCAAACAACCAGAGUCCAGACACUCUCUCUAAAACAACCCAUCAAAGCACAAAACAACCCGUCACAGAUGCAAAACAGAUCAGUCAUACAGACACUAAGGUUACCAGCAACUGCAAGGAAGCAUCUUGGUUGGCCAAUCAUAUUAAUGAGCAAGAAGAUGCUUCCAAACACGUUACUCCUGCUCCUCGCAAGAUCUCAGAGACUGACAGCACUGGUGAAGUUGAAGACACAUUUGAGUUCAUAGAGAACCCACCACAGGUCAAGUUUAAACUCAAGAAGAACAAAAUGGGUCCAAGGAGUGUUUCUCUUCAGACUAUUGCCACAGAUGGCGAGGAUGGCCCGAGAGGGCGGAGGCGUAACCAGAAGAAGGCCUGUAUUCAGUCCUGAGGUGUCUCUGCCAGAGGAAUCAACAAGAACAUAUGCUUAUAAAUCAGGACUUUGGAUACUAGGACAGGUUUCAACAAGAAUAUUAAA